AUGCCCUCCCAAUUGAAAUUUUCUUGGGUUCAUUACCAUACCAACCCAAAAGAUGAGUCAAUUUUCUCCUCCUCACCAUCUUCUUCCUACAAUCCCAAUAGCCCCAAUCCCUUGAAACAAACAAGCCCUAACAGAAUCAGCCCAUCAGUCCUCUACGCCAUCGUGAUUCUAGCACUCCUCUUCUUCCUAUCCGGCGUUCUACACUUGCUCGUCCGAUUCUUCACCAAAAAAUCCCAACCCAACACCACCACCACCGGCAGCAGCACAGAAAUCGACCCGUCUGCCCAAAAUGCCCUUCAGAGGCAGCUUCAGCAGCUUUUCCACUUGCACGACUCCGGAUUGGACCAAUCCCUCAUAGAUAUAUUGCCGGUUUUCACGUACAAGGAUAUUUUGGGGGAUGCCCAAGAGCCCUUUGACUGUGCCGUCUGUUUGUGCGAAUUUACCGAAAGCGAUCGAUUGAGAUUGCUCCCUAUGUGCAGCCACGCUUUCCACAUGGGCUGCAUCGACACCUGGCUUGUGACAAACUCGACCUGCCCCCUUUGCCGUGGGGCGGUUCUUGACCCGGCCCUGAACCACAUUUUCGAAAGUGACGGGUCUAGGGUGGACGACUCGUGUUCGGAUGGGAGUGGGAGUGGGAGUGGGAGUGGCGGUAUGAAAAAGAGUGUGGAAAUAGAGGAAGUUGAGGCAGAGGAGGAGGAGGAGGAGGAAGAGGAGGAGGGGGUUUUUCCGGUGAGGUUGGGUAAGUUCCGGAAGACGGAUGAAGGGGAGGAGGGGAGUAAUGGGGAGGGGUGUGGAAGUAGCAAAUUGGGUGUGGAUGCAAGGAGGUGUUACUCGAUGGGGUCGUAUGAGUAUGUGGUUGGGAACGCUAAUCUUAGGGUGGCCUUGAGAGGGGAAAACUCGAGCCAGGGUGCAGAUGGAGUUGGUGAGGGUGGUGAUAAUGGGAAGAGAAUAUGUAACGGUGUAAGAAAUGAUAGCUACUCGGUUUCGAAGAUUUGGCUGUGGUCGAGUAGGGGAGGACCUGUGGGACUCCGAAGCUGUACACUCUUGGGCGACCAGCGGGCCGACCACUUCAGGUAUCUGCAUUCUGCUCCUCCCAAGUUUCGAUCCCGCCACCCGGCAUAA